CCUACAUUUCCCAGAAGGCGGCGGCGGCCCCGUUCCACCGCCCCCUCCGACACCGCCCCGAGCCCUGCCCGCUGGGGCCGUUGCGGCGGCGAGUGAGCGCAGCGCUAUGGCGGAGGGGCUGCGGUUUGACGGCCGGGUGGUGCUGGUCACCGGCGCCGGAGGAGGUUUGGGCAGAGCUUAUGCACUUGCUUUUGCUGAAAGAGGAGCUUCAGUGAUUGUGAAUGAUCUUGGAGGUGACUUCAAGGGAUAUGGCAAGAGCUCCUCAGCUGCUGACAAAGUUGUCAAUGAAAUCAGAGCAAAAGGAGGGAAAGCAGUACCCAAUUAUGAUUCAGUGGAAGAUGGUGAAAAGCUUGUGAAGUCAGCACUUGAGGCUUUUGGGAGGAUAGAUAUUGUUAUAAACAAUGCUGGGAUUCUAAGAGACCGUUCCUUUGUUCGGAUAAGUGAUGAAGAUUGGGAUAUAAUUCAUAGAAUUCAUUUGAGGGGAUCAUUCCUUGUCACCCGAGCUGCAUGGAAUCAUAUGAAAAAUCAGAAGUUUGGCAGGAUAAUUAUGACUUCCUCAGCUGCUGGAAUUUAUGGAAACUUUGGUCAGGCCAACUACAGUGCUGCAAAACUUGGCCUUUUGGGUCUUUCAAACACAAUUGCAAUUGAAGGCCGGAAGUACAACAUCCACUGCAACACCAUUGCUCCUACUGCUGGAUCCAGACUGACCCAGACUGUCAUGCCACAAGAUCUGAUCGAUGCUUUCAAACCAGAGUAUGUUGCUCCAUUAGUUCUUUGGCUUUGCCAUGAGAGCUGUAUGGAGAAUGGCAGUCUGUUUGAGGUGGGAGCUGGAUGGAUUGGAAAAUUGCGCUGGGAGCGAUCCUUGGGUGCUAUUGUCAGAGGAAAGGAUCAGCCAAUGACUCCUGAAGCAGUGAGAGAUAAGUGGGAGAAAGUCUGUGACUUUGAUAAUGCCAGCAAACCCAGAAGUAUCCAAGAGUCCAUAAGUGUAUUGAAUGAUGCUCUAAGUCAGAUAGAGUCUCAAGGGAGCAUAUCUAUGAAUUCCACAAGCUCUGGAUCAGUGGUCUCUUCAUCUGUUGAUACAACCAACAUUGUUGGCCGGGAAUUGACUACCAAGGUGUAUACAUACACUCACUUAGAGCCUAUUCUAUAUGCUCUUGGUGUGGGAAUGUCAACUAAGGAUCCAGAUCACCUGAAAUUUCUCUUUGAAGGAAGUGAAGAGUUCUGCUGCUUACCUAGCUUUGGAGUAAUUCCUGCUCAGACUUCAAUGUUUGAUGGUAUUCCUUCUCUUCCAGGACUAAAUAUUGAUCUUGCAAAGAUGCUGCAUGGUGAGCAAUAUCUGGAACUGUAUAAACCGUUACCAACCUCAGGACAACUAACUUCAGUUUCAACUAUUGCUGAUAUACUUGACAAAGGUUCGGGAGCAGUCUUGCUAAUAGAUGUGAAUACCUAUUGUGGAAAGGAUCUAGUGUGCUAUAACCAGUUCUCCUUGUUUUUUGUUGGAGCUGGAGGGUUUGGUGGAAAACGAACAUCAGAAAAGGCCAAGGUAACAGUGAAUCCACCCAAGAGACCCCCUGAUGCUGUACUUUCUGAUGUCACAACAGCUGAUCAGGCUGCCUUAUAUCGGCUUAGUGGGGAUUGGAAUCCCUUACAUGUUGAUCCAAGUUUUGCUGCGCUUGGAGGAUUUCAGAAGCCCAUACUUCAUGGACUAUGCACCUUUGGGUUUGCUGCUAGAAGUGUUUUGAAGCAGUUUGCAAAUAAUGAUGUGACCAGAUUCAAGGCGAUCAAGGUUCGCUUUGCAAAGCCGGUCAUUCCAGGGCAGACUUUACAAACAGAAAUGUGGAAGGAAGGAGAUAGAAUCCAUUUUCAGACCAAGGUCAAAGAGACUGGAGACAUUGCUAUUGCAGGGGGCUAUGUGGAUAUAACUUCAGCCAUCAAUAAGCCUUUUGCUCGGGAGCCUUUGAAGACUGCAGGGCUGCAGAGUGACCUUGUGUUUGAAGAAAUAGGCCGUCGCGUCAAAGAGAUUGGAAAUGAAUUGGUAAAGAAAGUAAAUGCCAUAUUCCAGUGGGACAUAACUAAAGAUGGAAAAACAGCAAUGCAAUGGACAAUUGAUUUGAAGAAUGGCUCUGGGUCUGUGUAUCAAGGACCUGCAAGAAGUUCUGCUGAUACUACCUUCACUCUCUCAGACCAGGAUUUUAUGGAUGUGGUGCAACAAAAGACCAACCCCCAAAAGGCAUUCUUUUCUGGUAAACUAAAAGUGAAGGGGAACAUCAUGCUGAGCCAGAAACUGGAAACAAUCCUGAAAGAUUAUGCCAAACUCUGAAUUGCUCUAUCUACCACAGUAGUGAAGAACUUCAGAAAACAGAAACUUCAAUUACUUCAGAAGCAAUGAUUAAAACACUUUGUAGACUACGUAACAUUAAUGUCCUGAUUCAUUAAACUGCUAAUAUACAAGCUGUUUUAAUUGCUGUAGACACAAUUAUGAAAUGACCGUAACCAUUAAUAGUGUUCAUUCUUUGUUUCUCAGCAUCAGUACAGAAUCAUACUUUUCUCAUUAUACGUCUUUAUCUGAAUAAAAGGUAUGUAGUUCUUACAAAAAUGCAUAUAUUUCUAUAUUAAUUCUAAUGAAAAUUAAAUGAAUAUACCUCUUUAA